AUGGAGAAGAGGAUGAGGAAGCUAAGGAUUGUCUUCGCCCAGUAUCAGGCCAAAUGCGAUGGCGAGUGGACAGGCAGCAUCAUAUCUCAUCAGGCACUGCAAGUGGCCUUUACAGAUGAGGAUCCAAGAGCUGGUGAGCCACCAGCCCUCUCCAGUGAAGUGAUCAAGAAUUUGGCACCUGAAGCGCUUUCUGAUGAAGGCUUGCCGAGAAAGAACAAACUUGUGGAGGCCAUUGGGCAGUCCAAGGCAACACAGGAAGACAAGGACGCUAUGGAAAAGGCCAACAAGUCCAAUAACAAACAGCAAUGA